AAGAAAAAAUAAAAUGCAUGACGAACCGAAUUAAAUAAAUAAGACAAAAAGACAAUCCAAGUGGAUGAUAAAGGAUUCAAAAGCAAGAAGAAACAGCGGAAGAGGUCAGAUGCCGCAGUUCAGUGAUUCCAGCAGACAAGAUCAGCAGGAUGAAGACCACCCAGGAGGUUAUACAGAAAAACCUGCUGUUGAGUCAUCGUCUGGCCCCCUCAAGCUAAUCCCGAUCCAGGAUCCUCUGGCCGGCUCUCAUGUGUUCAUCUCACUAUUGGACGGUGCAGGGCUUCACACUGUUAAAAGGCACCAAAACAAACAGAGACGGAGCAGAGGGAAUGAAAGGCUGCAGUGUUUUGGGAACACCAGAGUCCGGACUGCACAUGUGAUUUUCUUGUCAGCUGGCUGGAGUGAAGGGUGACAGGCAUCCCUGUGCGUCUGGGCAGAUAUCCCCCUCAUUUGGGUCUGACUGGAGAGGAAGCAAGAACAUCUGGGGAGAAGGACGGGUGGAAGAAAAAAAUAAGAGAAGGAAGAGAGGAGUCGGGAGGAGGCGGUGGUGGAGAGAGGUUUUCCUGGAACACUGGUGAAGGAUUGAAACAGCUGUGCUAAUUAACUAAUUGCAUGACCACCUGUGCGGUUCAAGCUGAGUUGCGCGCUUAGCCACGAGAGGGCACUUCGAACACAGCCACAAGUCUUCCCAAAGGGAGCCGGAGACCUUCAAACCAUCUGAGAGACGGACUACAUCGCGAUGGUGUCUGUGUUAGCAAACGAUGGCUUGAAGAAGGGAUGGAGGGAUGCACAAAACUUGAUAAAACCUUGUUCCUGCGGGACCCAUGAAUGUAAGAUGUUGCUUAACAGAAUGCCCUCUGAGGACCGACAUCUCUCCUCCAGCUGUGGUUCUUACGUCAAAACCGAGCCAUCUAGUCCGUCCUCUUCCCUCGUAGACACCGGCAGCCACCACAGUCCCAGCGGCAACUCAGACGCCAGCGGAGGCUACAUCAACGGCAGCAGACACCCGCUCGCUCUCGACUCUCCGCCAAUGUUCAACCCAAGCAUGCUGGGAGGCGGCGCCGCCUGCUUACGCCGCUACGAGGACUGCUCUGGGGGUGUGGCAGACGACUCACCAGUCAAGUGCGAGUACAUGCUCAACGCCAUUCCGAAGAGGCUUUGCCUGGUGUGCGGCGACAUCGCCUCUGGGUACCACUAUGGGGUGGCCUCGUGUGAGGCCUGCAAAGCCUUCUUCAAGAGGACGAUACAAGGUAUAGGAAAUAUUGAGUACAGCUGCCCGGCCACCAACGAAUGCGAGAUCACCAAAAGGAGACGCAAGUCAUGCCAGGCAUGCCGCUUCAUGAAAUGUCUUAAAGUUGGCAUGUUGAAAGAAGGUGUGCGUCUGGAUCGGGUUAGAGGGGGGAGGCAGAAGUACAAACGGAGGAUGGACGCUGAGAACGGCGGCUACCUCGGCCUCUCCAUCCCCCCUCCUGCCAAAAAGCCUCUGACGAAGAUAGUCUCCCAUCUGUUGGUGGUGGAGCCAGAGAAGAUCUACGCCAUGCCUGACCCCAGCGUGCCUGAUGGGGACAUAAAGGCCCUGACCACGCUGUGUGACCUGGCUGACCGCGAGCUGGUGGUCAUCAUCGGCUGGGCAAAACAUAUCCCAGGUUUUUCCACUCUCUCUCUGGCAGACCAGAUGAGUCUACUACAGAGCGCCUGGAUGGAGAUCCUGGUGCUGAGCAUUGUAUUUCGCUCGCUGCCCUGCGAAGACGAGAUAGUGUACGCCGAGGACUACGUAGUGGACGAGGAUCAGGCGAGGGUCUCGGGCCUGCUGGACCUGCACGUUGCCAUACUCCCACUGGUGAGACGCUACAAGAAGCUGCGCAUGGAGAAGGAGGAGUUUGUCACGCUGAAGGCCAUCGCCCUCGCCAACUCAGACUCCAUGCACAUAGAGAACAUCGAGGCGGUCCAAAGGCUGCAGGACUCUCUCCACGAGGCCCUGCAGGACUUUGAGGGCUCCCAGCAUCCGGAGGACCCUCGACGGGCGGGGAAGCUGCUAAUGACCCUCCCUCUGCUCCGUCAGACCGCCACCAAGGCCGUGCAGCACUUCUACAGCAUCAAAAUGCAGGGCAAAGUCCCCAUGCACAAACUAUUCCUGGAGAUGCUGGAGGCCAAGGCCUGACACCCAAGCCAGCAGGUGUUUGACAGACAGCUGCAUCAGCCAAUGGGAGGCGAGGGACAGUUGAUUAAAAAAAAAUAAAGGCAGUGUGCCAAUUGAUAGUGAAGACUUCUGAGUCAUUGAAACUCUUUUAAAUGAUGAUGCAUUUAAAAGAAAAAGGGACUUGAAAUGGUUUUUAAAAGGGUGAAUAUCAACCUGAUGAACGGGAUCAUGAUGAUGAUGUAAAUAAGAUGUUGUGUACAGAGAUCAGGCAGCUGAGGUCUUGUUAUAACCAGAGACCCGCUGCUCUAUAUCACCUGAAGCUUCUGUGAAUUUCUUUCUUUUGUUAUUUUCAUCUCAAAAUUAAAUGUUAAUAUAAAUGUCCUAAAGAACUGAACGGCUGCAAAGCCACAUUCUGUGUUUUUGUUUUUCCUUUCAUAACUUUGAAUCUGAGUUGUUAAAGCAAUAGUCUCUAACUGGUCUACAUAUAAUAUGUGUACUGUAUAUUGUGUGAUAUUGCACUGGGCGGGGAGGGAGGCUGAACUGUUAGACAUAUUCUUAUAUUCGUCAUCAAAGAAAGCAAUGAUUACCUUCAACAGGUAUGUUAGAUUUCCUCCUCAUAUAUUUACCUCGUAGUCGCUCCAUCCAUUCAGCGGGUACAGUAAAACAGGUGCUUACAGAAGGACAAUGUGGUCAGUCACAAACAGUUUGCAUUAAGCAUCUUUGAGUAUUGUGGCAAUAAUGGGUUAAAAAAGAACUUUGGAGUCUCAGUCUUAGAGACUUAAUCUCCUCCUCACUUCUCUCUGGGGUCAGCAUCAUACCCACAUAUUGGCCUCUGAAUAUACUGUGAAAGACACACUUGAUAAGCUAUAUUCUGAUGCUCAUCAUUCAAACUGUAUACAGCUUGUUUUAAUAGCAACAUCUUUGCAAUACAAAGCAAUCUAAUCUAUCUAUAGUCCAGCAAUAAAUACGAGCUCUGUGAAGUUUCCUUUUGUUUUAAAACUUCUGACUCCAUGGUUUGCCACACUGCUGUAUUAGAUUGCAUUAUAUUGCAAAGGUUGUGCUUUUUCUUGUACCCACUCUACCUUUAUUUAGAUUUUUCCUAUACCAACAUGUUAAAGGAUGAGAACCACAGUCCAUUGCUCCCUUUCAGUCAAUUGCAUAAGUAAAACCAAAGUCUAUUUGCUUGAUUAACUUAUCUUAACAUGUUUUAUGAUCCCGUAUUAGCAUUCUCUGAUACAGUUUGGAUGUCUGAGAAGGAAAAAAGUUUUGCAUUUGGAAAAAUUUGCCUCAUUUUUACCUUUUAUGAAAAAUAUGAUUUUUUUUCGUGCAAUGAUGUGGACUAUAGCAUAUGGGGCAUGUGCUUAAACCACUAGGCCAACGGCUCGCCAUGACAAAUAUGAUUUUAACAUUGUUUAAAUGUAUUCCACAGGCCUUGUUUUAUCCUUCAUGAUCAAAAUUUUAAAUCCCCAAGCUCAAGGAAAAAUAAUGCAGACUUUUGUUUUCUUUUAGCGGAGGGUCAUGAGCCUAGUUAGCAAAAAAAAUCAAAAACAGUUUCAGAAGAAGAGAUAAAUGUAGCUUUAAAUAUAAGUCCAAUACAACAAAGUGACACCUAAUUAAUCCUGCAACAUGACAGUAAUGACGUAAUAUUUUCAAACUUUGUUAUGUCUAACUUACAUCCUGCAUACCUUAUGAGAAGGUGCUCCUCAUUCAGUCACCGACUGCUCUGCAAACACUCAAACUCUGAAACACUUCUGCACACAAACUAAGUUAGGCUUUUGUCAGUUGGAAACCAGUCGCCAAAUCAUUCAAAGAAAGUCAAUCAAAAUAUGACAGUUAUAAACAUGCUAUCGGAUCAUAAUACUAAAGUAAGAGAUAAAUGCUGCAAGUAAUAUAUGAUAGAGACAUAACAUAAAGAUGAGCAGACGUCGGACGGUUUCUGCACAUCAAAGACUCUGACAGGAACACAAGUUACUGAUUUAUGUAAUGUUAUGUUUAGAUGAAUAUGGCAGAAAAUACAACUCCCAUGUUUCACGCCCCUCAAAGUAAAACCACGUAUUUCAUCACAUUGGGAAGAGUAGCAAACCAAAGUCUGCAGAAGCUUAAAAAUUAAACAGAAAUAAGAGAAAUGGCUGAAUUUUGAGCGUCUCAUUGAAUUUGAAUUUGAUUAAAUCUUGUAUUCCUAUGUUUGUUGGAAAUGCAGCUAAACAAGAUUGAAAUAUUUAAUCUCUUUUGUUCAGUCAUUGGACAUCUAUUCAAUACUGUUGUCUUUGUCAAAAUCACUGAAAUCUGAAAUGUAACCACCAACAAAAAAAACUUUCUUUUAGAUAAUAUUGGGGUCAAAGAAAAUCGUCCAUGUUUUUUGGGCUUUGUACACUCUUAAUGAACACAGACAGACAACCUGACCUUCCCUCCUCAAACCAGAGUUCCUCCACGUUCCUCCUCUCUGCACUUUGAACACUGAUAGCAGCUAAUUGUUUCCAACUCCCCCCGUCCUCUUAAAUUAAUAUAAGAAAAUAAAAGAAAAAUGCCUAAUUUAUUUUCAGACUUCUAAAAUGGUUCUACUGCAUCCAAUUAAUUCUAAUUGUCUUCUAAGCUGAAAUUCUCAAAAGAAAUGGAGCAAUUAAAUUUCUGCUUUGGCUCUACCUUGGGGACAAGAGACAUUUUAUUUCGGUUGUCGGUGGGGAGGGUCUGUGGAAACCUUUAGAAGGCGAUUUCAUGGGUGCUUGUAAUAGUUUCAUAACAGGGCGAUCACUGGGCUAUGCAAGGCAAAUAUGGCCACUUUAUGUUCCUUGUGUUGGGGAGCACUGGAGACAUUUACUUGUGCUUUGUUUACAUACUGUACAGCGCUGUACACUGCAAAUGUAAUGUGCAAAUAAUUACUGUAGCUGCUGUGCACUAGCAUUACUAUGAUGAUUUGUUUAAGUGGCCCGUUUCUCAUGAUAUAUUCAACACAAGUUCAAGGCCAACAGCUGUAUAAUUAGAGUCACUGUACUGUACCAAGUGAGAAAAGGUUUGUUUAUAUUUCUUUUCUGUGUUUAUUGUGACUCUCACUGCUGAAAAUCACACUGUUUUAUCAUCCCUUUUGGUCAUCGGCACAGCAGGACGUAUAGAGAGUGAAGUAGUCUAGACCCUAUACCUCAAUUCAUGUUUUUGAAAAUUACACUGCGUUUGGAAACGGGCCAUGCUCUUCCUCCUGGGAAUCAGUGGCACAGAAAUAAAGUGACAUCACUGACUGGGUAUUAAAAAAAAUGUAGAUGAACCUGCUGCAAUUGGGGAGCACAUUCCUCCGAGGAGAAAGCUGCUUAUUCGCUGCUCCAUUUGUGGACUUAUCUUCUCUCCGUGAGCCCUGAGAUGACAAGAUUUACAUAAAACACGGAGGAACCUGCCCGGCCGUGUAAAGGACCCUGCUAGGUGUGUGUACCGGAGGCAUGUAAAUACCCAAGAGGUUUACUCCCCUUAAAAAGCAAUAUGUUAUCAAUUGUGGAACACGAGUCGAGCUUAAAGACAGUCCAUUUUUAAUUAUGAACUAACUCUGUGCUCGGGUAACUAUGCACACAUGUUCAAAGUCCUGGUGAGGCGAAGGGUUCAGAUGUGAAAAACAAACACCACAGCAGGUUUCUCUGGACAGUAUUUUGUGGCACUUUGUUGUGUUCUUCUUUGUUUUUUCGUUGUGUUCAAGCCUAAGGUAUCCACGUGUAAAUAUAAGCUUUUUUUCUGAGUGAGUCAGAUCUAACAGUGCACUGAAUGUACAGUGACAAUAAAAUCACAUGGUUUAUGUAAA